AUCCUAACUCUCUCUCUCUCUCUCUCUCUCUCUCUCUCUCAACAUCCAGGAGAACGCCACGCCACCAGUGGCCCAAGAUGACCUCUCAUAACCCAUCCAGCUUCAACGACAGAAGGCAGACGAGCGAUCCAACCAGCCCGAUGGCCUCGACCGCUCGACCGAGCGAAGACCAACGAACCACGACGACAACCUCACCCACACAUUCAUGGGAGCACUCGACCCUGCGAAACAGCAACUCGACCGCCUCGCCCAACAUCCGCGCCUCACCCGCCGGCAGCAAGCUCUCGUCGUACAUCCCGAACGCCUUCAAACUCAAGACCAAGAAAGCAAACCCCCAGUCCGACCUCCCACUAUCCACCCUCACCACCCCAGCAAACGCCAUCCACAGAUCAACACACAUAAACCUCACCCACGACACCACCACCCCCAACCACACCCACAAAUCCAAACCCCGCCUCACCCGCCACGCCCUUCCCCUCAAAGCCCUAACCACCCUCCUCACCUCCGCCGCAACCCUAGGCCUCAACCUCUCCUCCAGCAUAACAGAAGAAUACCUCUACGACUUCCACCUCCUCUCCACAAGCACCCAAUUCCACCUCUCCUGGAUCCCCGCCCUCCAACUCUCCCUCCCCUUCCUCCUCGCCUACCCCCUAGCCCACGCCUUCAACCACGGCCACGGCGCCACGCUCUUCCGCACGGGCGCCGCCGUCCUCGUAGCCUCACAAGUCGCGCUCGCGUUCUGCGAUACCUACGUGCGUGUCCUGCUCGUGCGGGGUCUGGCACAGGGCGUUGGGAUGGCGGGGAUGUUGGACUGUGCUGUGCUGGCGAUGGUGAGGGGGUUUGCGGGGAGGCCGCUUGUUGUUGGGUGGCGGCGGAAGAUGUUGAAGAAGGGGCUUGCGCCGAGUCGGGCGCGGAACGAGGCGAUGCGGAAUGACGGGCCGUUUUUGCUGCUUGUUGUUGGGCUGGGGUUUGUGUUUGCUGGGUGGCUGGGGCCGGUGUACUUUAUCGUAUCCUACGCAACCCUCUCCCUCCGCCAGGCCCCCGACGACGCAAUCCUCAUCCUCAUCCUCAUGCUCGCCGUCUCGCUCCUCGCAAGCGCCAUCCCAGGCCUCCUAGCGCACCACCUCACCGGGCCCCUGAACACGCUGCUCCCCAGCACCUUUCUCUCCGCCGUCGUGCUCGCCGUGUGGAUCGCGCUUGAUGCCGUCAGUUUAUCACCACCAGCCCUACCUACAACAACAACACCAUCACCCCUAUCACCAUCAUCAACACCACAACAACAAACCCAACAGAAAUACACCCCCCUCCCCCUCCCCCCCACGGCAACAACCCUAGCAACCCUCUACGCCCUAACCACCCCCCUCCUCCCCCUCCUCCUCGCCACCCUCGACCGCUUCGACCUGCACUCCCAAUCAUUCGGCAACCCCAAAACAACCCUCUCCAAACGCCACGCCGUCGCCCUAGCAGCCUGUGGCGUCGGCAUCCUCUUCGGCAGCCCCAUCUGCGCCAGCCUGAUCGGUGUUAUUGUUGUUCGACGACGAGGACAACGACCGGACGACGGAUCGGAUUUCACGGGGGCGUUUGCGUGUGCGCUGGCGGGGUGGGUUGUUGGGGGGGCGUUUUUGGUUGCGGCGAGGGGGGCGAAGGUUGGGUGGGGGGUUAGGGGGAGGGUUUAG